CGUGGCCGGCCAUCUUACGUGGGGGGGGGAGGGGUUUGAGAGGAGGCGAAGUGGCGCAGUGCGCGCGGAAGUGCCGUGCUGUUUAACGCGACGAAGCCCAAGGCCUUUCUUUCGGCUCGUAGUAGUAGUGAAAAACAAACACAUCCCCGCACAUUGCAUUGGUGGGGUGGAUGUGAACUCCCUCGCCUUGGUAUGCGAGGAGGUCGUUUGGUUCUAUACCGAUCCCAACACUGACGCCUGCUGUAUAUUUGGGAGUCUGCAUGUAUAUCUCUCGACCCGUGGUCGCGUGGAUUUUUCUCCGGGGUUCUCCGGUUUCCCCUCCCCCCCACACACCCUCCACGUCUAAAAUCAACAUCACGCGUUUGGCAGGAAUUCGGCUGCAAUACAUUUCAACACCAUCAGGCCACUUUCGUUGAGCUUUCGUUGAGCUUAUUUACGAUAGCAGGGUCGCUUCUGGAAGAAGAAAAAAAGAGCGAUAUAGCUCUGUGACCCUUACCUGUUCAAAUAAACAAUAGUUUAUAGUGUAAUAAUCCAAAGGUUAUGUUUUCCCCGCAGUAAUAUGGUCGCCCGAGUUUGCUGACGUCACGCGCGAUCGAGGCGACCCCUGCGAAGUAGUGGGCGGCGAGGGGGGCGGAGGGGUCCCCCGCUGCGCCCCACGUGACUCCCGCUGGGCCAAUGAGCGCGCGCGGGCCGGCAGUGCGGCUGCGGAACGCAAAGACGGCGGCGGCGGCGGCAGCAGCAGCAAGAAGCGGCGACUAAAGCAGCGACAGUGGGGAAGACGCGAAGGGCAGCGACUGCAGAAGGCAGUAAAAGCAAGAGCAGAAGCGGCCUAGGGACAUGGCGGCAGCGCGGGUCCCGUCCGCCCGCGAGGCGGGAGCAGCCGUGCAGUCGCCGAUCACGCUGUCCCCGGAGCCGCGCACAGAUACGGAACGCCUUGAUCGGGUCAGCGCUUUAAUGGAGCGGCUUCGAGCCAAGCACUCUGUAGGGAGGCCAUGGUCCGACACCUUCAAGCUCGUGCGGCAGGCCAUGGAGAAGCGCAUGAUGCCGGAGUCAGGAGGUCAUCAGCGUCUCCUACACUGUCUGGAGACCAUCCAGAAGGUGCUCAAAGUGAACUCCCUCCCAGGAAUGGUGGAUCGGCUGGAGGCUUUGGCCAAGCACAACGGACUGGCGUCCCACCUCGGCCCCACAGGAAAAGAGUGCUAUAUCACUUCGGACAUGUUCUACCUGGAGGUGCAGAUGGAGCCAUCUGGAGUUGUGAGCGAUGUGAGGGUAGCCCAUCAUGGUGAAAUCAACCCUGCCAGUUGUCCAGAGCUGACGCAGAUACUGAGAGAAGGGAAUUUGGAGGAGUUCUCGAAGCAUUUGGAGGGGCUGGCAAGCCUCUACAAGCUGCCAGGAGACAGCAAGCUGAAAACAAAGGUCUACCUUGCCCUACAGUCUUUGGAGAUGGACCUGGCCAAGAUGGCUCAGAUGCACAGGGCAGCCACCAAUGUGAGCGUAGAGGAAGUGAUUCUGCAAGGCGUGGUGGGGUACGUCAGCCCUCGCAUGGGAGGCCACCUUAUGACCCUCAAAUACUUCGUCUCGCCAUACGACCUGCUGGAUGAGAAGACAAAAUCCACUGUUACGUUAAACGAUAACAAUGUGCCUCGUUUACUAGGCAUGAAUGCGCACGUGAUGAUCGAAGCGACUACAGGGCCAUUCAAGCUGCCCAUCGCGCCUCUCAUCGCUGGCACACACCCUAUUGAUGGCACCGGUAUGCCGUCCUUCUCCGCCAUCUCAAAUGCAAACAGCAUCGAUCUACCGGCUUGCUUCUACCUCAAGUUCCCACAGCCCCUGCCUUUGUCCGACACGGCCAUGCAGCAGAUCCAAACCAAAACAGGGAUUCCUGUGACGCAUGUGGAUACGAUGGGGCCUCUCUUUGAGCUCAUCGGUCACGUCACACAAGGACAGACACCACCACCCCAGCCGGGGUCUUCUACUGAACAUGCAAUGUACUACUGUGUGGUCCUUCCGGACCAACGGCACUGUUACUUCCUGAAUAAGCGAGCAGUGCGGCAGGAUGGGCGAGAGCUGGUGGGCGCGCUCGUGAGACAGGUGCCCUUCUCGCACCCCAGCCACGUGCCGGCCGUGCUGGCGGCCGUGCGGCGCCAGCUCAUCUACAACGCAUUGCUGGACAGCUGCAUGCGCCGCUGCCUGCGCACUGGGAUCACCGACGAUAUGUCUGAUUACUACCAGUUUGAAGUGAGUCCCCUUGCGGACUACAGCUUUACAGUCACCUUCCAGCACCCACUAACGGACAGCAUGGCCUGUGUCGUGGUUGAUGUGACGGAGAGCUGGCAGCCAUGCUGCACAGUGCACACCGGGCUACUCGACCCCCCCAUCUGCCCCGACCUCUACCUAACCAGGGUCAUUCAGAGGUGCCUGUCCGUGCCAGUGGCCAUGCGAGCAAUGAACAGGAAGGCACUUGAGAUCCAGGCAUCUGCGCCCGAGCUGCAGUCCCGGCCGGAGACUGCGUCAGUGCUGGCCGCCAUGGCCUCAAACUUGAGCGCAACGUUGGAGAACCUGGCUCGCCGCUCGCCUGAAUGCGUCCCCCCACCUCCAGUUCCCAGUGGCACCCCCCCGAUGCACUAUAGCAGCACAGCCACCGUACAUACAUCCACCCCCGAGUUUGCAAAUACACAAUCUGCCGCAUACUCUGGCUCUGCGUGUCCUGCCUUUCCUACCGGCAUGCACUCUCACAACCAAAACCAUCUUCACCAACAGAGCAAGGCCAUCGUUCCCGGAGGGCAACAGCAAGAGUCUUUACUUUCACUUAGUGAUGUGGAUCUUUGCAAGGUGGCACAAAACCCAAUCCUAACGAGCCUCCUACAAGUGACGGGUGGGCUGGGUGUGGCACCUGCUCUGGGCACUCAGCAGCAGCAGCCCCACAAUGCGCAAACGCCAUCACCGACCUUACCCACCAACACAAAAAACCAUCCUAUGCUGUUCAACCUACUUAAGGACUUCUCAUCUCCUUACUCUGGGUCUGACCGGCCAAGUAGCCACAAUACUGCAAGCCCACCCAAAUUAGAAGUGUCGGGUAGGGUCUCGAAGUCCAGAAAAAAGUGGCGGUCCCGCUCACACACGUCCCCGAGAGACCAGAAUGAAGAGUUUCCAAAUGAACUGUGCUCAAUGGAUAUGGAAACAAAUACCGAGAUAUUCGACAUAAAUGUUGAUGGCACGGAAAUGGAGCGGCAAGAAAGCGACAGUGGUGGUGACACGGACUUUCCGAGCUCACCUUGUGCUCACAAGCCUGGCUCUCUUGCACAUAGCUCCCCGUGUGCACAAAGAUCAACGCCACCAUUGCCACAUGUGCACCUUCCCUUGCCUGGCUUUUCCAUAAACUCGCCCCAUCCUGCACAGCAGCAGCAGCAGUCAGUCUCCUCCCUGCCUCUACCACCUUACACCAGUAGCCCUCAUCCAGCCUUGACAUAUCCAGGUGUUUCUCAAGCUACCGGACUUCCAAACCAGUUGCAGCAAGGAUUGGCCAACAUGGUUGCCAAUGUACCAGAUUUCCUCUCCGAGAUACCACUGCGUCCUGUGAGCGACCCCCAAGGAGAAUCUGCGCAUGUUCCUUCCAGCCACGUCAGACUUUCAUCUCCUCUUGGUAUUGGUGUUGCCCACCUGCCACUUGAUGGGACAGAAAAAGGAAGUAAUUUGCUUGCAAAGUGUUUAGCGCAAUGUGGGUCAGUGUCAACAUGGGAUUGGCAAACGGUGAGGGAAAAGGACAGUUGCAUGUCUCCUGCAGAAAAUGUGCCGAGGACUGAAACCUUACCUCUUGACGCAGAGGGGUUUGAGGGGCCGAGCACAGCCACGACAUUCACAGAUCCCUCCCAGUUCCUGUCAGGGGCUGGAAGUGGCGGAGAUGAAGAUUCUCAAUCUUUCCCUGAAGCACUCGAUUUUAACAGCGACGCACUUAACAAUGCAGAACCCGUCGGCAGCUUCAUGGACAACUUGCUUGAUUCAAACUCUCAAGGCGGUGAGAACGAGGAGAAAGGGCUAGUUUUUGGUGUGUCGGUCACAAAGGCAGAAACGCAAGCAUUCACCAGUGCCGAUAGCAGCAGUAGGGUGGAGGUGGCCACCGAUGGCUCGCAGUCAGCAGUCAGUGUCUCUCACUUGGACUUUAGCACUGCAACGGGUUCAACAUCUGGGCAGGAAAGUAAGGUGUCCAAUAUUUUGUCUGAAUCUGCACCCACAGGGCAUUUAAAAACGGAGAUGACUCAGAGUUCAAAGGAUUCUUGCAAGUUAACGGAGAAGUCCGGCACAGCCAGUACAAACAAAUCAAACAUAGGCAGCAUUCAACGUGGUGGCAGCAAUUACGAUGGAAAAGGAAUGAAACGCAGCCGCUCCUCUUUACCUGAUGCUAAAGCAAAAGAUAAAGUGCUAAAGCACAGGCGCCUGGAUGGGGACGGCAAAUCCACGUCACACAGCAUGGCUACGUGUCGCUCGUUAACUCCACCAGCAAACAUUGGCAGUGAAAAGUCACCUUUGGCACUUCCAGGUCGCUCACAGACCCCUCCUGCUAGCUCGGCCCCACGAAUCCCAAAACUUACCAUCCAACGCUCAGCUGGCGGCUUGACUGUAAGCAAGACUUCACACAGUGGCUCCAGCGGCAGCAGCAAGCCUGGCACUCCACAUAUCUCUUCCUCCUCACCACUCAGGCAAAAUGUAGGCAGUAAAGUCCCCUCUCAGUCUGGUCCAGCUUUUUCCACUGCUACAGCACGGGGGCAGCCUGGAGUGAGACUGACCUCUCAGAGCUCCUCUCCUCGCCAGGGCGGCCCUCAAAUUAAAGUCAAAACCAGCAGUGGUGGAGGCAACAGCAAAUCAGGCACAGGAAGUUCUGGGAACAAACCUGGUCCCGUAUCACAUGUAGCCACGGGCAACAAUAACGGCAGAGGUUCUGUGUUUGUGUCGUCAUCGCAUGGGAGCAGCAGGACUGUGCAGAUGGCAGGAAAGGGUUUAUCCCAUUCAUUGCCAACAAAGCAAGGUUUCUUGCAGAAGCAAGGCAGCGGGCCCGUAAGCUACGGAGGUGGUAGCAAACUUGUCAAAAUGAAACCUAUAGUAAAACCCUCUACCUCCGCAUCAUUGUCUACAAAGCAAACCUCCUCUCCAUCCCGAUCCAAAAUCCCCAUGACGUCCGACCACUCUGCUGCUGUGAAACACACCCCUAACAUUGCCAAGAGCCCAAAAAUCCGUGUGCUCAACACUUCUCCAGCCUCAAGUGCCAAUGGUGGCUCAGUUGCGAACCCAGAAUCCAAGCCGUUAUCUUUUACAACUACAUCGCAGCCAAUCAAGUCGGGCUUUGCUUCCCAGGUACCAAGUGGGGGGUCCUCACCUGUAAUGUCAGUCGGGGGAGGUAGCUCCAGCAAGGUUGCGAAGUCAUCAAUUCGCCAACGUAAGCCCUCUCUAACAGCUGUGAUUGACAAGCUAAAAAACGGGGUCACAGCAACUGGAGCUGGAUUGGGAGGGGCAGAAGAAUGUGUGGAUUCAAAGCCAAGUGAAGAUACUGCUCCAAGUUCCUCUCGAGCACAGCCAGCUAAUGGUGGCCUUGCACAAACAGUACCGAGCUCUGCACCACAGAGAAUUUCACCAUUUAACGUUUCUGUCAGCAAAUCUGACCCACACAAGCGCAAGGAGGUUGAGAGGGAGGGCAAGUCUAAAGUGGUGCUGGGAUCUGCAUCUUUGUCGACAGCAUCUACUGACGGUCUCAAAAAGACUUUGGAACCAAAGGUCGGGAGUAGUGGCAGCAGCAGUGUUGGGAAGAUAAUAAUCUCAAAGCCUGAUGGCGAAGGGUCUCCGAGCAUCAAAAACAAACCACCGACUUCAAAAUCUGUGGACAGCACCAACCAAGCAACCAAGCAGGGACUGGCGAGUUUGAAACAAGCGUAUGGAUCACAUUUUAUUUCUGAAAGUUCUACCCCCAAAAUGGACCGGCCCUCGCCGAGUUGCAUCAAAUCGCCAGCAUACCCACAGCCAACAGGUGACAGCUGCAGCGAGUCCGAGUCAAGCUCCACAUACGAUAGCUUGAGUUCAGAGGAUGGAGGUAAUUUGCUCAUCGACCUGUCGGGAGAGCGACCUUCUAAGAGCAAUAAAAAAAGGAGAAACAAAGAAGUGAACCAUGCACAAGAUCAAGAAAAACUACACCAUAGCACACAACCAGAAAACUACCCCAAGUCUCCUCUUCUCAGCGAACAGCCUCCGUUAUCCAACCUGUCUUUCAGAUCCGGAUCUGGUACCUCGCAGCAGCCGAGCCCAUGCGUGAUAGAUGAUGAUCUUAUGAAUGAAGCUUUGAUUGGCAGCUCUACGUGAAGUUAUAAGCUAUAGCCUAAGUAAAAGCACUGUGCAAAAUCCUUUUUCAUCCUACUCUCCAAUAUUUAUGUGGGUAAUACUGUGUAGCACUUAAAAUGUAAAAUAGUUAAAUGGAAAAGUCCAACUGAUGUUAGGAAGAUUUUUAUUUUUACACCUUUGGACACUAAGUGUGAAAAGGCCUUGUAAAUUAGCUUGGUUUUUAAUUAAACCCUGAGCACUUUUGCUAGUUUCCCUAUACACAUGCAGUAGUUAGGCUUGUUUACAUGACAGGCAUUUGAGUAGUGAACAUGCGUCCUCAUUCCAGUACCACUAUGCAUUGCUGCAUGGUUUACAAGGUGUGGUGUGUGAGUUUUCAAGGUUCAGCUGUGUUUAAAAGUUAUGCCUCAGUUUGUUGGAAGACAACGUAAAAAAAUGUAUUUUAAUGAAUGUUUAUAUUUGUAUGCAUAAAUAAACUAUAUUGUAAUUACACAUAAAUUAAAGCUGUUUGUUACUGUGAUAUAAAACGUCGCAAUGUUUUCAUAUAGAUCUGUUUAUCGAUGCAUUUGAGACUUGACAUGAGGAUUUUCCAAUUAAUUUUUAUUGCUUUUCGCAUUUAAACUUGGCACAUUUUCAGUGUUAAUGUAUAUUUGAUUAUAUUUAUACUCCGAAUUUUAUGGUAGAUAUGGCAAAUCACACAAUUUCAGUUCCAAACUUGCUCGAAACAAUUACUGCUUCACAACCUGUCGCCAAUAAAAAAAAAGUCCAAUGUGGAAAAAAAA